UAAUGUCUUCAAAGCUUUUCGACGUGUUUCUGUAGAGAACGAGGACCGUAAAUUCCUGCAAAGGGCUGCCGUUUAAAAGAACGGUAACGGGGCGCGUAUCAUAACUUUGGAAAGUGAGUUAAAGCAGCGUUUCCUCGCACAACUAUGGCGCUUAGAGCGAGAGCUUUAUACGACUUUAUCGCUGAAAAUCCCGGCGAGAUCUCUGUGAGAGAAAACGAACUUCUAACUUUGUGUAGCGACGAAGUUGUCGAUGGUUGGUUAGAGGGCACGAACAGCAGAGGCGAGACCGGGCUCUUUCCAGCCUCUUACGUGGAAAUUAUAAGGACUGACACAUCACAACAUGGCAACGGUACAUCCGCUAGUCCUGAACAUUACUAUCAAGCUAGUCCUCAGAGGAGGGACACCUCAAACGAAUCGACACCCGUUCGUUCGUCUACUUAUGCUGGACAUCUUCAACAACGACACAGUUUUCAGACAAGUCAAGGAAGCGAUGAGGAUUGGGACGAUGACUGGGAUGACAACGUAACGGCGGAGGAACACGGCGCGACACCUGAAAAAAGCGGGAGUAACUUUACUGCAGCUGGAUAUUCCACCACGAGUUCGUCUGCUUCACGACGCGGUAGCUCGCAACACGCCAAAAGCACAGGAACUGUUGGGAAAAAUCUUAAUAGGUUUACAACUUUUGUCAAGUCAGGCGGUGAGGCUUUCGUUUUGGGCGAAGCUUCGGGUUUGGUUAGAGACAGAGACAAAAUAUUUGUGCUUAUGGGACAAUAUGGUCCUGAAUGGCAGGAGAAUCCGUAUCCAUUUACGUGUACCAUCGAUGACCCAACCAAACAGACCAAAUUCAAAGGCAUGAAGAGCUAUAUGUCAUAUGGACUUACGCCUAGCCAUACACAGACCCAGGUCAAUAGACGAUACAAGCACUUUGACUGGCUUUACGCUCGGCUCGUUGAAAAAUUUCCUGUCAUUUCGGUACCCCACUUGCCUGAAAAACAGGCCACGGGGCGAUUCGAAGAAGAUUUCAUCUCCAAGCGUAGAAAAGGUUUAAUAUGGUGGAUGAAUCACAUGACGAGUCAUCCACUUUUGUCCAGAUGUGAUGUUUUCCAGCAUUUCCUCACUUGCAGUAGCAAUGAUGAAAAAACCUGGAAGCAAGGCAAGAGAAAGGCAGAGAAGGAUGAAUUAGUUGGUGCCAACUUUUUCCUCACUAUCUCCCCUCCGGCUUUACCUCUCGACUUCCAAGAGGUGGAAAGCAAAGUAGACGGUUUCAAAACGUUCACCAAAAAGAUGGACGAAAACAUCAUACAGGUCAAUGUCACCAUUAAUGAAUUUGCCAGAAAGCAGAUUACGGGUUUUAAAAAAGAAUAUCAGAGAGUCGGCCAGGCCUUCAGACUUCUAAAUCAGGCCUUCGAGUUCGACCAGCAAGUUUACUCCGCUCCGUUUAACAAGGCUAUGGCAUACACCGGAGAAGUGUAUGAGACCAUUGGGGACUAUUUCGCAGAGCAGCCCCGGCAGGAUUUGGAGCCUAUAUCCGAUCUUUUAGCGAUUUACCAGGGACAUCUUGCAAACUUUCCAGACAUUAUCCAUGUCCAGAAAGGAGCCCUCACCAAGGCCAAGGAGAGCCAGAAGGAUGGCGCUGCAGGAGUAGGCAUCAACGAACGCUGCAACAUCAUCUCCUGCGCUACGCUAGCCGAGAUCCAGCACUUUCAUCGCACACGUGUGCGUGACUUCAAGGCACAGAUGCAACAUUUCCUACAGCAGCAGAUCAACUUUUUUCAGAAAAUCACAGGCAAGUUGGAGGAAGCCCGCGACAUGUAUGAUCAGGCUUAGAUUGAUGCAUUUUUUUUAUUGAAAGAACUGGAAACUACGAUUUUUAAAGUUAUUUUCUUUUAAGAAUUGUUCUGGAUGGCCUGAAGAAAGAGUAAUAUUAAAAAUGUGUGCCAGAUACAGACAAUGUCCCUUAAAAUGUAUACGUUGCUAUUAUGAAUUAAAUGGUACAUAAUCUGAUUAUACAAA